UGGUUUUUAUAGAACAAUUGUAUCUGGAGUUUAUUGAGAUCUGCGUCGCUUGUAAAAUGAAUGUAAUGUUGUAUUGAUCGAUACGGAAAAGCUUUUCUCGUUCCGAUAAGGUUCCAGCUUAGAUUGACAUCCAAUUCUUCCCUAAUUCAAAUGACGGCUUCGUAAUUCCCCGAGCAUCAAACGGCAAAGUUGAUUCCAUCAUUUCUACACAGUAUCAAUCCAGGGAAAGUCGUCAGUAAACCGAAAGGAUUAGGUCAAAUUGUUGGAGGAUAACAUUCUAAGACACUACUGGAUUUAAUAAGAAAAUUGAUUGUUUAUUGUAGAGAUAGAAGAGGAAUAGAUUUUACCAUUUUACAUUGAUUCUGCAUAAUGUAACAGUUUGGAUGAUUUACUGACAUAAGAAUCCAUGUCCUGAUAAUACAUGCUUGACUGUAGCUCUGUCACCAUGUGGUUUUUACUAGUCCUUGCUACAGUCCUGAUGGCCUCGGACCGAACCAUUGCCGCUGAAGGAAUGCAAUCAGCCAUAACAUUAUUUCUCCGUAACAUGUCCGUAGCUGAGGAACAGACUAUUAGUUUUGUUUGUAAAGCCUCUGGAAGUCCAAUGCCAAAAUUUACAUGGUAUAGAGACAAUAAAAGAAUAAAAGCUGUCAAUAGACAACGCUAUGAAAUUAAACCAAUGCCACAUGGAAGUGUACUCCGAAUAGAACCUGUCAAGGCUAGGCGAGAUUCAGGAAAAUUUACUUGUGAGGCAGAAAAUGAUUAUGGUGGUAAAGUGCAAACUAGUGCAUUUUUACACGUAUACCCAGUUGACCAAAAAGGUAACCCGAACUGGAAAAAAAUGUAUAAAGAUAUACCACAAGGCUAUCCAAGAAUAACAGUUAACCCUAAACUUAAAUCUAUUGAGAAAGGAAGGAAUGCAAUCAUGAAGUGUGAAGCUGAGGCUCCAGGAAUCUAUAAUCAAGAACCCAUCCAAAUAGAAUGGUUUAAAGAUAAAAUUCCUGUAGACCUAACUGAUCCAAGGUUAACAAAAGUUGACCCAGGGUAUCUACAGAUUCAUAAUAGUAUGGAAUCUGAUCAUGGUCGAUACGAAUGUGUGGCUUCUAACAGUAAAGGGGUAGCCUAUUCAUUUGCUGCGAUGCUGUAUGUGAAAGUGAGAAGAGUACCUCCUCAUUUCACCCUGCCACCAAAGAAUGUAGAGAUCAAUCCCUACACAAAUGUUAACCUGACCUGUGUUGCUGUGGGGUCACCAAUGCCAAAGGUCAAGUUCCGUGCUGGACCAAUAGAGUUAACCCCAGAAGAUGAGGAGCGCAUAGGAUCCAAUACAUUGGUACUGAUAAACAUCACAGAGAGCAAGAACUACACAUGUGUUGCUUCGUCUGAACUUGGAAAUAUUGAACAUGUUGUACAAGUCAAAGUUAAAGCCCCUGGAACACCACCAAAGAAUGUGCGAGCUGAAGCCCUCAGUCCCCUUACAGUACUGGUCAGGUGGGAUGAACCAGCUAAACCAAAUGGCAUCAUUAAGGGUUACAAGAUAUUUUAUACCUUAGAACCAGACCUACCAAUUACACUAUGGACAACUCUAGAUGUACCUCUACCUCAGGCCAAUCAACGCCAGGCUACAAUAACAGAACUAAAGCCUAACAAGACAUACAGCCUUUGUGUACUGGCCUACUCCACAUUGGGAGAAGGACCUAUAUCUGACCUGGAACAAGUGAUGACCAAGCCUGGAGCUAAUAUUGAUGUUCCUGGUCAACCAAGAAAUUUACAUGCUAAUGAGAAGGGACCAAAUAAAAUUGAAGUGAUGUGGUCCCCACCAGAUGACUACAGUCGUAUAAAGAGCUAUAUACUUUACUACAAUGAUUCCACAGCCAGACAGGCAGCUCAUGUAGUAAUUCAGCCACCAACUAACAAUUACUUACUGGAAGAACUCAUUCCAGAUACUAUUUAUCAUAUUCAGGUGUCAGCUACUUCAAUGACCGGUGAAGGGCCAAAAUCUACUAUAAUUCAGAGGAAAACUCCUCAGUUUGUUCCGAGUGCUGCACCCCAAGCUGUUACUGGGCAACCUGUCAGUAAAAAUAGUAUCAAGGUCACAUGGAAACCACCUCCAGUCGAAAAACACAAUGGCGAAAUAGAAGGUUAUAGAAUCUAUUUCCGUAAAAAUGAUAGCGACUUGACUGACGAGGAUGCUACUGCUGUCAAGGUCGGCAAAGACGCCAGAAUGUUGAUGUUGGGCGAACUGAACAUUUGGACCGAUUAUAAGAUAUGGGUCCUGUCCUUCACAACAGUGGGGGAUGGCCCGCCAUCUCCUCAUGUUAUUGUACGGACCCAAGAAGAUGUGCCAGGGGAACCUAAAAGUGUUAAAGUGGAUGUCGUCAACUCAACCACCUUAUUUGUGGAAUGGAGACCUCCUGUAUCACAUAAAAGAAAUGGAAUUAUCCGAGGAUAUUAUGUUUAUUUUAUACCAUUGGACGAUAAUGAUAAUCCUAAAGGCCAGGAGAAAUAUUAUGAUACAAAAGAUGGCAGCAUUGUGGAGGCUGUGAUCACUGAACUGGAUCCUAAUACAUUCUACAGGAUAACAGUCGCUGGUUAUACACGAAAGGGGGAUGGUGAAAGGAGUGAAGAGAGGAAAAUAAAAACAUCUGGUCCAGUUCCUUCAGAACCAAGAAAUUUUGAUGUAGAAUUAGUCAAUGCAGAGAAUCCCUCAGUUAGCAUGAGUUGGCAAAAACCACUACAUGUUCCUGGUGCACUGAAGCACUUCAGAGUCUCAUGGGGACGUAAAGGAGACCUGAUAUAUGCUAAAGUACUAUCCUAUAGUAGAUACAGUUUCGCUACAGACAAACUAGACAAAGGUGCAACAUAUGAAUUCCGUGUACAAGCUGUGAAUGAGAAUGGUGUCGGACAUCGUGCUGUUAAAACCCUGGACAUCCCUGAUGGAGUACCUGCUGGAGCCCCUCAAAAUUUUACCGUAACGGGUGUUAGUGAAACAACUAUUAAAUUAGAAUGGGAUCUGCCUGCCAAACAUCUGCAAAAUGGUGAAAUUGUCAUGUACCAGAUGAUUUAUCAUAAACUCGCUGAAAUUGAUGUGGAAGAUUUAAAUCUGACAUCUACAGAAUAUACAAUCACUGGACUAGAUAUGAACACUGACUAUGUGUUCCAGAUUAGAGCAUUUACCAGUAAAGGUGCUGGCCCUUGGACAACAAAAUUGAUCUUCCACACUUAUGGACGAAUGCCCCCUGCACCCCAACAGGUUGUGGUUAGUAGAACCAGUUGGAAGACUAUCCAGGUCACAUGGAAUGAACCCAAAGUCCCUGUAUCUGGCUAUCGGGUCUCUUAUAACCAGUUUGAUGUAGAGAAUUUGGAAAGCUGGCCGUCUAUUGACAUUGGUCCUUACACAGUGGCAGAGAUUACAGGAUUGGAGAAACAGUCGUAUGCCAUUAGAGUGUCAGCUAAAUCAUUAGAUGGAAGGUUUGGAAAUGCUUCUGCUGCUGUUCUGGCAAAUGUACCUACAAGACCUGAAAGAGAUGACAUCGUGACAAAUUUCCGUGUGACACUGAGAACAUCAACCACUAUUAACCUGGCAUGGGAUCCUCCUAAACAGAUCGGUAUCAAUAACUACUUAUUGGAGAUUGUAGGAAUGAAGUUUCAACGUUUAAAAGGCCAGAUAAGUUCACAGAACUUGUCUCCUAUUCAACCAAUCAAUAUACCCGGUCAGUCAACAACAUUCGUGGUACCUAAUCUGGUACCCAAGGCUAGAUACAAGUUCAACAUAACUUCCUUAUUUAGAAAUGGAAAAAGAGGACCAGAACAAUAUUUAAUGGCAGAAACCAGACUUGAAGCACCUAGAGAAGUUAAGAGACCAGAAAUAGAAAAGAUUGAGAAAGGGAAUAUAAAAUUCAGUCUAACUGCAGCAUCUGAAGUGAAUGGCGGUAUAAGUCAUUACUAUCUUAUUGUUGUUCCAAUACUAAACAGCACAGUCCUCAGAAGACCUCAGGAUUACCAAUUUGAUGAGCUUUUUGAUGACCCACUACCUCCAUCUUUCUCUGCCAGUAAACCUUACAUAGCGGCCAAGUUCUCCGCCAACAGACUGCCAUCACUAUUUACAUUAGGAGACGGUGAUGAGUAUGAAGGAUUUAUCAACCGACCCCUGAACAAAGACUGGAGAUAUAGAGUGUUCCUUAGGGCACAUACCGUAGAACAGGGACUGUACAAGUCUAGUGAAUUAUCUAAACCAGUUACAUACUCUGGAUCCAAACCACCUUACCAAUAUAAUCCAAACUUAUCAAAAAAUCCACAAGUACCUUCUGUAGUCAAAAACACUAACCAGGACCAGGAACCAGAGCCAGACAGAACAGAUCCUAAUUAUACUAUGAUAUUAAUCGUAGCACCUGUGUGUGCCGGUGUAGCCCUGCUAAUCGUGGGUUGUAUAGUUUUCGUGUAUUUUAGACGUAAAUCUCAUCGUAAGAGUAAAACCCCAGAGCCUCUUCUUGGUAAAGUGUUUGUAGACGUACCCCCUCAUCCUAGCGAUCCAGUAGAAUUACGACGCCAACAUUACCAAACUCCAGGUAUGAUCAGCCAUCCCCCUAUACCUGUACAUAUGUUAGCUGACCACAUUGACAACUUAAAGGCCAGUGACAAUAUGAGAUUCUCUCAGGAGUAUGAAUCUAUUGAACCAGGUCAGCAGUUCACAUGGGACAAUUCUAACUAUGAAAUCAACAAGCCUAAAAAUAGAUACGCAAAUGUGAUAGCAUAUGACCAUUCAAGAGUGAUUUUACAACCGAUUGAUGGUAUACCAGGCAGUGAUUACAUCAAUGCUAAUUACAUGGAUGGAUAUCGUAAACAGAAUGCCUAUAUUGCUACACAGGGUCCAUUGCCUGAAACAUUUGGAGAUUUCUGGAGAGGGGUUUGGGAACAAAGGUCAAACACCAUUGUCAUGAUGACCAAAUUAGAAGAAAGGUCAAGGAUAAAAUGUGAUCAGUAUUGGCCCCAUAGAGGUGGAGAAACAUAUGGCAUCAUGCAGGUCUUAUUAGUGGAUGUUACAGAACUGUCAACUUAUACCAUCAGAACUUUCCAUGUUUCUAGGUAUGGUUAUCCAGAGAAACGUGAAGUGAGACAAUUCCAGUUCACAGCUUGGCCUGACCACGGUGUUCCAGAUCACCCUACACCUUUGUUGAUGUUUAUGAAACGUGUGAAAGCCUGUAAUCCACCUGAUGCUGGACCUAUGAUUGUACAUUGCAGUGCUGGAGUUGGCAGGACUGGAGCAUUCAUAGUAAUAGAUGCCAUGUUGGAACGUGUAAAACACGAAAAGACUGUUGAUAUUUAUGGUCAUGUGACUUGUCUAAGAGCACAGCGUAAUUACAUGGUACAAACAGAGGACCAGUAUAUAUUCAUCCACGAUGCUUUAUUGGAAGCCGUUACCUGUGGAAAUACAGAAAUCCCAGCACGUAAUUUAUCGGCGCAUAUACAGAAAUUAUUACAACCAGAACCAGGCGAAACUUCUACAGGGAUGGAAUUAGAAUUUAAGAGAUUAGCCAAUAUGAAAGCCAGUCCUAAUCGAUUUAUAAGUGCCAAUCUUCCUGUUAACAAAUUCAAGAACAGAUUGGUUAAUAUACUGCCAUAUGAAUCCACCAGAGUAUCGUUACAUCCCAUCAGAGGAGUGGAUGGAUCAGAUUAUAUCAAUGCAAGCUUUAUAGAUGGUUAUAGAUACAGACAAGCCUACGUAGCUACACAAGGACCAUUGGCAGAGACGGCAGAAGAUUUCUGGAGAAUGUUAUGGGAACAUAAUUCUACAAUCAUAGUCAUGCUCACUAAGCUCAGAGAAAUGGGCAGAGAGAAAUGUCAUCAGUAUUGGCCAAGUGAACGAUCAGCGAGAUACCAAUAUUUUGUUGUAGAUCCAAUGGCAGAAUAUGAUAUGCCAUCAUAUAUGUUACGAGAAUUUAAAGUCACAGAUGCCAGGGAUGGUCAGUCCCGUACAAUCAGACAGUUCCAGUUCACUGAUUGGCCAGAACAAGGCGUACCCAAAUCAGGAGAGGGAUUCAUAGAUUUCAUAGGACAAGUUCAUAAAACAAAAGAACAGUUUGGUCAGGAGGGACCCAUUUGUGUUCACUGCAGUGCUGGAGUUGGACGAACAGGUGUAUUUAUAACCCUCAGCAUUGUGUUAGAGAGAAUGAGAUAUGAGGGUGUUGUUGAUAUGUUCCAAACCGUUAAAAUGUUAAGGACGCAGAGACCUGCCAUGGUACAAACUGAGGACCAAUACCAGUUCUGUUACAGAGCUGCAUUAGAAUAUUUAGGAUCAUUUGAUCAUUAUGCAACAUAGUUUUGACCAGCGAUGGAGAAACACAACAGAAACAUUAGUGGGACCCAAAUAAACAAUGGGCAAUCCUGGACCUCAGUAGAACAUGUUAAACACUUAUUUAUUUAACAUACAUUUGUUACGCUUGUAGAUUGUUAAUGAGUUUCCGUUCUAGCAUGUUUGUGAGGAUAAUUUGCCCAAAAUUUUGUACAGGUUGAAUUUUGUUUGCUUCAGAGCUAUUAUUCCUGGUCAAAAGACAACAUGUUCAAAUGUGGAAACAAAAUUCAGUUUUUACACAGGAAAAUCUUCUACUUAUUCAUUUUAAGGAGGAAAGUGCAAUACAGUUUUAUUGUAAAUAUGUACUAACAUGAAAAAGUGCUUCAUACAUAUAUAUUAGUGUGAGAAUCUUGGUUGUAUAAAUGUUUGUGAAAUCAAGGUCAGAUGAAUGCUUUAACAGUGAAAUCCACUAUGAUAUGAUGCAUAAUUAACGAGAGGAAACAGAUCAUUUGGACAGUGUGACGACCUAUUUGUGCUGCCAAAGAACAAUAACUCCGCCCAGAUUUGAGGGACGGCAUUAUUUACAUCAUGUGAUUGUGUUGUUAACAUUUUAUUAUUACUAUGAUUAUGUUGGAGGUGCUCGUGCAGUGUUGUGAUAAAAAAGUUCAUUGGAAAACUCUGAAAAAAAAUGUUUGAAACUUAACUUCUUAAGAUUUGAUAAUUCUUUUUUUGAAAUUAGAUUGUAACAACUUCUUUGUUAGAAACCAGAAAAAAUUACUUUAUUUGAAUGUAAUUUCCACCAUGAAGAAAAAGAUUGGAUAAUGUGUUUGAUAAAACAUUCCAAGCUUAUUACAUGGUCCUACAUCUUAACCUGCAGAGUUAUUUUCUCUAUAUCUCAAAACCAUUGAACUAUUCAAAGUAUUUUUUUUUUUUGAGAAUUUUUCAUUGAACCUGUGUGUAAGUGUUAUUUUGUACAUUAUUACUUGUACUUCAAAAGUACACUCUAUUUAUAGAUGUUACCAUUUACUAUGUGUGACAAAUCACAUAGUUGGGACGGCUGUGGCCAGUAGGUGGUCAGUGGAUGGCUGAAUUUACAUGUUCAGAAGAUGUGCAGACAGUUCAGUGAAUUAAGGUUGAAAAUGCGGGGAAUUAUCAAAUCAUUUUGCACACUCAUUGGAAAUUAUUGUCUAUGGAUAAUAUCAAAGAUUUCUGAAGGGCUUCACUUCAAAUUGCUAUCAGUCCUUUUUGAGAAAACUAAAGAUUUCAUGUAUUUUUUGUUAAGUGGUACAAAUGAAAUCAAAGCAAAAUUAUUUUGAGGAACCAUUUAUUUAAGGAAGAUGGGAAGGAAAAAGGCAACAUUAUAUUGGCCAAUUUUUUAUAUUUUUAUUAAUGGGGGUCUAAUGAAGUGUUGAAUAUUGUUUGAAAUGUUUUCAUUUUUUAUCUAGUUCAACUUAAUUUAUGAUGAAGGUAAUUUACAAAAUGUGAGUUGAUUAUGGCUGUUGAAAGGAAGAAAAGGAUAGAGAUGGUUUAAAAGGGAGAAAAGAGUAGAGAUGGUUUAAAAGGGAGAAACGAGUAGAGAUGGUUUAAAAGGGAGAUAACUGAUCAGAUAUAUGGAAUUAUCUAUAUAAUGCUACAAUGUUGUGAGAUGUUAUAUAUAUUAAUGUCACAAUGCAAUAUCAUUCUGUCCUCAUUCAAAUUUAUGUGUUCUCUAAAGUUAACACAUUGUGUGUUCUCUAAAGUUUACAGAUUGUGUGUUCUCUAAAGUUUGCACAUUGUGUUUUCUAAUGUUAAUACAUUGUGUGUUCUCUAAAGUUAACACAUUGUGUUUUCUAAAGUUUAAACAUUGUGUGAUCUCUAAAGAUAACACAUUGUGUGUUGUCUAAAGUUUACACAUUGUGUGUUCUUUAAAGUUAACACUCUAAAGUUUACACAUUGUGUGUUCUCUAAAGUUAACACAUUGUAUUGUCUUCAUCUUUCAAUUUGAUCAUUGCAAUCCAUAAAAUGAUUGUUAUUAAGCUUCCUACAGUUUGUUCAAUCUAAGUUGUUGUAAGUAGAUUGAAGAACUUUCUGUAUAUUUAAUUAGAGUCAAUCUUCCAGGAUUCUAUAUUGUUAUUGACUAUCUAGAUUUAUUAUAAAAAACAAUCAUAUUUUAUCAUAGCCUUUUAUGAAAAUUAAAGCGCUUUCUCUUUGAAUUCAAUUUUAUGUAAAUUAUUGGAGAAUCUCUUGAAUAAAAAUUUGUGUUUUUUCUGUUUACUUUGAUCUAAGGAGACAUUUUUUCAUACUUCAAUAGAAGUUGUAUAUUUCAUAAGCAAGUAUUUGCUAUUGUACAAAAGCUUAAUGUAUAUAUACAAUUUGUGUACUUUACGGUGAGUUCAGCAUUUAAUAGAAAUUUGCAUAAAAUAAUAAUUUCUUCAAUGAAGUAUUUAGGAAGGUGAACCAAUCUAAUAGAAAUAUGGACUACUAGAUACAUACAUAAAAAUUGUAUGAGAAAAUUCUGUUAUGAGCCUGAACACAUCAGUUUAUCUUGUUAUCAAUUUGAGUAACAUAAGGCACCCCUAACCUGCAACUGAAAUGUCAUUCAUUUUACAUGUCAAAAUUGUUUCCAGAUCAUUAAACAAAACAUUUCCUAUUAUGAAUAUUAUCCAAUCACCAUUUGCACAAAAAAAAUAAUAGAUUGUUCAGCUUUUAAAGUUGUGUGGUUUCUAUUAAAUGCUGAUACUCAUUAUAAUGUGAUGAAGAUUCUAGUCCAUUAUAAUAGUUGUACUAAAUCGCUACUGUUUUUUAUUGUGAACGUGGGCCAGAAACAUUUCAUUAUUGACAUAAACAAAAGUAUUUUAAUCAUUUUGUUUUCAUCAUUAAUUUUGUGAUAUUCUUGUAUUAGAUUCAUUUUAAAAUAAUUACUUCACAAACAAGGAAACAAAACUUGCCAAAUUCUUUUUUAUAAUUUUGUACAUCAUUUUAUUGAAGAAAAUCUGUUGAGUUCAUUAAUGUACCACCGACUCAUGCCAUUACAGUAAUUUCUAUAGAAUCAGGACUCCAUCUUUGUUGUAAGUCCAUUGUUGCUAACAGUUUCCCCGUCAACAGGGCUACUUAAAAAUGGGUCUCAAACUUAAGACCACUGUGGUCGUGUUGUACAACAUCAUUCUGAACGUAGGAUCAUUGAUGAAAUAAGAACAGAUUAUGGAAAAAAGCAAUUUCUAGAUAAAAGUUAGAUUGUGGAAGCUUUAGAAAACAUUUACAUCACAAAAAGUUCAAUUUAUAAAUUUCUUUCGCACAGAAUUUUUUUUAUAGAGAAAACAAUCACCCUUAUGUUUAACAGAUUUUGCUGUACUUUACAGAUAACAUUAAUAUUUUUAAGGUCACUAGUUUGUGAAACUAAAAAUAUUUUACUAGUAUGUUUCCAAAACUCAUGUUCUGGUUGAAAAAAAAAAGAACUUUGUAUAUUUGUUAUUUUCCAAUUAUUGUAUCUAUUUACACCUUUAAAGAAAACGAAAGAAUCAGAACAAAAAGUUUUGAUAAGAAAACAAUUCGUAUGCUAAUAUGUUAAAAAUUUAUUUUAUUUAUUUCCACAUAAGUAAAUGUUAGAAGAAUUCAGUUGUAAGCUUUAAUAUCAUUUUUGUUACAUUUCAUUUACUGGAAUAUAAUGUUCUUCAUCGAUCAUACAAUAGUACUUUAAUAAAAGUCAUAGUAAUGUAA